AUGACAUGGCAAGGGAGAACGGUAUUUGCACUGCUGUACUCAACAGUAUUUGUGUCAUUGGUGGCUUCGCAGGGAACCAAUUUGGGCGGCGGAAUAACGACCCGAAUUGCUGUGGGUGAGUAUGCUGAUUUAUCUCUUGAUUUACGCGAUAUUCGUGCUUUUGUCGAUGCCAACAAUAUGAACAGUGCCCUGGGAAUGUACUUGCAAGGCAGCCACGCAGAAUUUGUGGCCGGACAACGUACACCGUUGAAGAUAACAACUGAUGCGGUAUCCAGCGCCGAGCGUACGACUCCCUGGUAUCUAUUUCAUCUAUACGGUCUAGCGAGCCUAUCGACCGAUCCGAUGGAACUCGAACAACACAAAAGCUAUGCCGGGAACUACAUCCAGAAGGUAUUCACCACCAAUUUGGAAGUCGCCGAAAGCGCCAUCUUGGCUCUGGGAUUAUGGAUGUACGCUACUCAUUUACUUUUUGAUGGUGUCGCCAUUUGUGAAAUGCGGACCCGUGCCGAUAAUCCGGCACUAUUCAACCUGGCCGGCGGUGGAAUGGAUGAGUUCAUUGCGCUUUGGAUUGGAUCGGAUCAAACCGUAGCAACAGCUAAUGGACAUGGUCUCUACGCUUGGGCUCACACGAUCGGUGAACGCUUCGGUACUGCCAGCCCUGAGGCUGUCGUAAAUGUCCGACUUAAAGCUCUUUACCAAGAGGGCUCGGGGACCUUAACCGUCAGUCGUGCGUGUACUUCGGCAAAUCAAAAUUCUGUUGCGUUGCUUCAUACGACAGCAGUGCAAAUGACGAAUCUCAUGGUGAUCCCACUGUACCAAUGGCUAAUUUAUUCCUUGAUUGAGCAGGACGCUGCAGCUGUAAAGUUAUACGCCACAGCCCUCAUCCCGCAGCUUUCAAAAUGCCGUCCCAGCACUUUCAAACGUCUCAAAUCAUCACUCCUGAAUGAUUCCAUCAACUUUGAUAAGACAAAUGCUACCAUACGUGAUCUGCAGUCAUCCUACUAUUGUUUCGAUAUUACAUGCGAAGACAUUGGUAUCUUCAACGGAGACAAUCGACUUCAAUGCAUACGGAAAGACGAGGAUCGACGUAUCGCUGGAUUUUUACCGAGCAAAAGCACAGAGCCUCUUCAUCGCAUGGACCUGGAUGUCAAGCAAUUGAAAAUGUUAACUGCGGUCCAAGGGACGUUAUUCGCUCAGCUUCUGUACAGUCAUGGUAGCAAUGUUCCGAAGGCCAGACACAGUGAGAACGACCCCUUCACCUACCAUUCUUUGUCAGAAUUAGCAACGACGACUGCUCGACAAGACGCAGACCCCAUAUUCUCCGACUACACAUCGUACCACGGGGACAAAGACUAUGCCCACAAAUAUAUAACUUCAGUCUUGAGUGGAUUGUCGAAAUGGACAACUCCACAGCAAAAUGGCGAGGCCGUAGGCCUGACGAGUGCUUACCAUAUACUAUUCGUGACAGCGGUUGGAAGGAUGAAUGCUGCGAUAAAAUCAUGUCACGGGGCAGCCGCAGAUCCAAAUGCAACAGUUGGUGAGACAUACCAAUGGGACGAAGCUGCAAUGCUAAUAAUUGGUUCGAUGGAAGGUCCGAUUCUUGGCGGAUCGCCAGAUCUAGGAGAUGGUGAAUUCACAUAUGGCCUUGCAAACCGACAUGCCUUUCAAUUUAACACACGCAACGAUCUAGGUUAUUCCAAGGUGAUCUCAGAUAUUGAAAAUCUUUUGUUUGCUGGGAAGGGGGAAUUGGAUGCGGGUGAUUGUGAUAACUUUGAGCGAACCGCCAACAAAUUGCAAAAAAUAUUGUUUGUUCCUGUUAUACAAAGCUCCAUUGCCUCCGCUAGUGAGAGCCACUCUCUCUCACCGUCUUCAACAUCACUGAGCCUCACUCGGGGAGAGAUUUUUAGUAUGUCGGUCAUUCCGAUCAUCCAUACGGAAGAUCCACUCAUUGCUGAAUUGCUGAUGCGUUUGGCGAAGCCCUCCAAAACACAAUUGGUUUGUCGUGUUUGAAUUUACGAAGCACAGGGGAAAUUAACCCUUGCAGGAAAGUUCCUGGUAUAGGAUCUGCAGCAGUUGUCGAACAGUUUGCUUGGCCAGCAGCAGUGUCAGUUUCUGUGUCGAUGCUACUGAUACGUUAACUGCCUUAGGGAUUCAAUUCUAGUGUCCACUGGUAGACAUCAACCGUCUGACGUAUUGAAGACGAGACUUUGGUACGUCGGAUAAAUAAUCAGGCUUGUAUUUUUUCAAGUGUGCGCGCUCCAGCGCUUUUUCUGCAUUCGAUGAUAAGAUCGUUUCCAUAUACGGCUCUAGAACACGCGCACGGGAAAGGAGUACAUAAGUGUCCGAGGCGAAAUCAAGAAGAUUGAUGAUUCCAUCUUUCCGAAGAGCCUUGAAUGUGAGAAGAAGUAUCCGACGUGCAUCGCCAUUGGCUAGAUUAGUAGUCUCUUUUGCGGCAGCGUCUAAAAUGCGGAAGUCGGCGCUCAAUGUCUUGUAUUGGAACCGCAUCGGUUCAGUCGAAUCUUGCUCUGCUUCUUUUUCCAACAAAUGGGCUAGAAGGGUAUCGCGAAAUUGAAAGUUUGGGUCCAUUGGUUCGAGUGUUGCGGUGCAGUGGCAGUAUAGCAAUGCGUCUUUAUAUCUGAGUUUGCAUUUGCAAUGUACGCCAAAUAGGCGCCAGGCUCCUUCUGUAUCUUCAGCUGACGGAAAAUGCUCUCGUCGAGCCACCUGGGAUGACAAGUCCUUCCCCAACGUGUCUAAAACAGCAUUCGCGUGCAAUGGUAAUGAAUUUAUGGAAGAACUGUCGCCAAGCUCAACCCAGUGCUUGCAUUCGGCAUCAAGGGAAAACGGGGUGGCUCUAGAAGUAGACAAACGCAUCACUAGCGUGGCGUGCAGUUCACGUACAGCCUCACGUGUUCGAUGGCAGGUUCCUACAAUACUACUAGACGAAUGCUCCACAGCAACGCAUUCGACGCGAGCAAAAGCACGGACAACUUCACCCACCUCGAAGACACCGUCAUCCGAGCUAUCACUCGUCAAGGACGGUACAGAGUAUAUGUCUGGUUCAAUCCAAAAGAUACAAUCAAUAGUUCCAGUGCCAUCGUCAAUAACGUAAAUCACAGACCCGUUGCCUCGGCGGUCGACCGCCACAAUCGUCCCCACAAUUCUACAUUUUGAAAUGGGAAGAUAAGUGAAAGCACACGCCGUCUGUAGAUCGACAGUGUCUUCUUUGCACUUCGCAGUUCUGCAAUUGACGCCGUCCACUAGCUGCAGAUUGUGAAUUUGACUGAUCGAAAGAGGCACAUGCGCCCAAAAUGAUGGCGUAAGGCCGACAAUAAAACUCUCCGCACCCAGAUAGGAUUCUGCAUCUCCUAACAUGCCUUCCGUUGUAUGGGAUUUCAGCAAGGCCAAAGACUUUCUAUAACUGUGAAAGUGCUACCAAAGAGAACACAGCGUGUCCAUAACGG